GUAAACACGCGACGACGCGACAUCAUUUCGUAAGAUGGACGCGCACGAGACGUACAGAAAAGAUUGGGAGGAUUUGGAUGUGACCAAGCAAGAGCUGAAGACGUUAACAGAAUGCUUGAAGAAGGAGGAAUUUCGCAAAUUGCUGGUCGAAUAUGCGGAAGAGGUGACCGAUCCGGAGAAUAGGAAGAUCUACGAGAAAGAGAUAACGCAGUUAGAAAAAGAACGGAACGUCGACAUUACGUUUGUUCGCCUCGAUCCUGGUUACGUCAUAAAAACUAGUGUAAACGGAGACACGAAGUGUUUUGUGAAUAUUUGCAAGAGUGAUGUCGUUGAGAAACUGAGCAGUCAACCUGUCUUCGAACAAGGUCAUCGAAAUUUACAAUGGUCUAUCCCUCACAUCCUUAUACCGCCUCGAGACGAACUCGAUAAGAAAAAUGUACGUUGCCUGGUCUUCGACGUGAUGUUCCAUCCCGAUGCAAUUUACUUAGCGUCGAGAAACGCCGGAUUUCGCGAUACUAUCAACGUCACGGCCAUUGAUAGCAUAGAAAGCAAGUUCAAGAUGAAAUUGGAUAGGAAAAACCUCAGAUUCCCAAACAUCAAGUACAAGGGUGUACCUCUUUCAGCAGUUAUAAGAAAGCCUUCCAAGGAACCACCGAAAGAGAAAUUGGAUAUGGAGCCCGAGAUAUACCAGAAAUUGAUGGCAGAUUAUGAUAGGAAAAGAGAACAACAAUAUAACCGUGUACAGAAGAAGCCAACACGUGCAUCACCGCCUGUUAAAUAUUACCAAGAUAAAGUGAAUGCAAAUGAAGACACAAAUAGCAAAUAUGUUACACCUAAGUUUUCCAUAAAACAUCAGUCUGACAUAGAACUGGAAGAUUUUAGUACUAGUAAAACAGCAAAAAUGAAUGCCACUGUACCUAAAAGAUUAAUCAUAGGCAUAGAUUUACCAUUACUGAAAACUACAGAUGAUGCUGUCUUAGAUGUACAGGAACGGUACCUUACCUUAAAGAGUGAAAAGCCAGCAAAGUAUUUAUUAGAACUUCCAUUGCCCUAUCACGUGGAUGCUGACAGGGGUAAUGCUAAGUUUGAUCCGAAAUACAAGAAACUAGUGGUAACACUACCAGUCAUACCACCAACGGUACUUGUAUCAGAUACUAGAGAGGACAGUGGUGUUGAUAGCGACUCUGGUAGUCCUGUACCACUGUUACACGAAGAUUCACUUAGCAGUGGUUGCUCGAAUGACUGCAUGCCAAAGUUAAUAGAAGAAUGUGAAACAGCGCUCACAGUUGCAACAACAGAACAUGAAAAUGAAAAUUUCAAAGAGUGUAGCGAUACAGCAUUAUGGACUAAUAGUAUAGAGAACACGAAUGCAUUUAUGGAUUCCAGCAUUAUAUAUUCACUGCCACCAUUUACUUGUAAUAUAUAUGAUAAUCAAUUAGCAAUCACUGUAAAUGUGAAAAAUGUGAAUCCAGAUUCCAUAUCCCAUAGAAUUUUGCAAAACAAUUCAGGAUUACACAUUUUACUAGCAUCUAUAGGCGCGGGUUUUUUCCCGCAACAUUUUUCGCUAUGUUUAGAAAUUAACGAAGAUUCUAUAAAUCCCGAUUCUUUUACGAGCGAACCAUGGGAUAAUAACGUUGUCUUUACGGUCGUGUUAAAGAACCCUGAUAAUUUAGCGCGAUAUUAUGUCGGAGUUAACGAAGAGUUCAUGGAAGAAAAAAAUUUUCCUACAGCUGUAUCUUUCAAGAACCAGCUGAAAGAAUUAACGGCCAUGGAAGACGCAGAAUCGGAAAAGGACCGAACAAUUAACGUACUAACUGAGGAUGAUGGUGUUGUUAUAAAUAUUACCCCGAAUCAACUAGAUUCCGACAAUGAAGUUAAACAUGAAUUUGAAAGAUCAACGCAACAGCAAGAGAGUCAACAACAAUAUGGCGGAACAGAGAAUAGAUCUGUUUCAGAAUGCAUCACAGAUAAAACGACUGACAGAACUUCAGGUACAUUUUUGAAAGGUAUACUGAAGUCACGUCGAACUCAUGAUUUUUCGCGUUCAGUAUCCGGAUCCAGUACCGACGAAUACGAAAUCCCAUCGUCCAUCGAUUGUCAGUAUGAUUCCGCACUAGAUUUAAAUUCCGAAUCGGAUUGGCGAAGCUUAAAGAAAAAAGUACGGUUCAACGCGUUAGUGAGCCGACAGAUAUUUAGGCCUGAGAUCAGCAUUCUUGGUCACAGUAAAAAGCAUCAACGUAAGUUAACAACUAGGCUAGUGGACAAGUAGAAUCUAUUAGAAGUUGAUGCCCAACCUUAACGAGAAAAGGAACGACGACUGAAGCUGGUAGAGAGGAAACCAAAGCGCGCAUCGACACCUACUGUUCGUCAUAAAGAUACGUCAAAUAAAAAUGUAGAAACAAAUAACAAAUACGUUACAUCUAAAUUCUCUAUAAAAUAUCAUUCCGAUAUGGAGAUGGAAGACUUUCGUACUAAUAUCGAAGCUACGAAAAUGAAUACGGGAGAACCUAAAAGGAUAAUCGUCACGAUUGAUCUACCCCUACUAAAAACUGCCACUGAUGUUUCCUUGGAUGUGCAAGAACGGUACCUUAUACUGAAGAGCGAAGAGCCUGCGAAAUAUUUAUUGGAACUUCCUUUAUCGUUCUGUGUACACGCGUCAAGUGGUAGUUCCACGUUUGAUACAAAAUACAAGAAACUCGUUGUAACGCUACUAAUCAUUCAAUCAGCGGCGCCAACAUCAGACACUAAAGAGGACAGCGGAGUUGAUAGCGACCAUGAUAAUCAUGUACCGGUGUUACGUGAAGAGUCGAUAGAAGAUUCUCUCAGAAAAAGUCAGGCAAGUGACCUCACGUCGGAGUUAGACGACGGGUGCGAAACAGUGCUUGAAGCUACAAAAAUAGAGAAUGAAAGUGAAAGUUCGGAAGAGUGUAGUGAUAUGGUACUCAAUGAACCAGAAUAUGAGCAUAUGCGGACUAAUAGUGUAGACAACAUUGAUACAUUUAUGGAUUCCAGCAUUAAAUAUUCACUUCCAUCGUUUUCUUGUAUUAUAUACGAAACAUUUAGCGAUCAUUAUACGUGUAAAAAAACUUGGAUUCAAGUUCUAUUCGCCAUAGAAUUUUACAAAAUAAUUUAGGAAUACACAUUUUGUUAACAUCUGUCUGUGCAGAAUUCUGUUAGCAAUACUAUCUUUUAUGUCUAAAAAUACAUGAUGAUAGCGUGGUUUCCGAUUCCCUCGUGAUCGAAUCUUGGGAUGAUAUUGUUACAUUUAAAAUCAUGUUAAACAAUGCCGAAAAUUUCUUACGAUAUUAUGUCGAAAUAAACGAAGAGUUCGUGAAAGAAAAGGUUUAUCAAAGACUCAAAAGAACUAACGGUAAACAUAUUAGACGUUUAAGAUAUUUGAGGCUUUCACGAUCUGGUUCUUCAUGGUUGAUACUAACUAAAGCUUCCGGGUACAAGUCGUGUACUUUGAACAAGUUACUCCGACGUUUCGCUAGCAUUAAUUUAGGGAUUGAAUGACACUGAUAUUGGUGUGUCGUUCGUUGUGUAGUUUAGGUCUUUUUAAUGUAUUCAUGCUCAUGUUAUGGUUCAUUGACUACUAAUUACCGAGCCCAUAGCGCGGUUACCAAAACAAGUUGUUAUGAUUGCUCGGCUGAACAUUAAAAAAUAUACCUUAAAGAGACCCAAACCAUACGACGCAUGCCAAUAUUAGCGUGUCAUUUGUCCCCCGAAAUAGCUAGUCGUAAUUUUAUCUAAAGAACACGUCUUACACCUGGGAGCCUCGGUUAGUAUCAAUCAUUUUAUGCGAUUACAUCGAUUAGUAAUUGUUUUAUAUUUUAUUAUUUUGUGCAGGAUACGAAUGACCCAGAAUUGGAAAAGAAUCAAACAAGCGAUGCGCUGUCAGAGGAUGAUGGUGUUGAUAUAAAUCAUAAUCCACAUCAUUCAAAUUCUGAUGCAAAAGGUCUAGGAUAAUAAUGGCAACAAUAAAUUUUACAAAUUACGCUACGUUUCGGAAUUAUUUAAUUUAUUCGAUUCUGCAGAUCUGAUGUUGGUCGAGAGAGUACACUUGUCAUUCGCCAACGUAGAGUAACGAUUAUGUCGGUUGGAUUUUAGAAAAUGCGGUACUCUCCGAUCGAGCUGAUUUUUUAACCGACUUCGAAAAGGAGGAGGUUACUCAAUUCGACAUGUAUAUUUUUUUUUUUUAUCAUAGAUAGCCCUUGACCUGGCGAUUACAAUAGUGGUCAUCUUGACCCUUAAUUCCUGCCCUCCUCCUCCUCAGGGGUCAAAAACUGUGAAAUGGUUCAAAAAGUGUUUCUUUUGCACCGACCGCGGUGAUUACGUCGUUUUCAAAUUUUUGUUUACUUGGAGGAACAUCAUAGCAUCAGGCGCGAAAUCUACUGUCCGGGUAGGUUUGGUGUAGUUUUUUUGGGGAGGGGGGGGGGGCAAUGUUGAAUACAAUUAAUGUACAUACUGUCUGAGUAGAUUUGGAGUAGUUUUUUGUGGGUGCGGCCAUAUUGAAUACCGUUAAUGUACAUACUGUCUACACGGGAAUGUCUGAGUAGGUUUAGGGUAAUUUUUGGUGGGGACGGCAAUAUCGAAUACCGUUAUGGUAUGUACUGUCUACACGGAGGUUAAGCGGGGGAAAGAGUCUUACACCUUCCGUCUCAUUCCCCGCAGACUCCGUGGGGAGAGGGGGGAGUUAAGGGUCAAGGUAACCACAAUUGUAAUCGCCAGGUCAAAGGCUACCUAUGAUACAAAAAAUCGGCCCGAUCCCAUGGGGUACACCAUUUUCUCGAACUCAACCAUUGUGUCUCGGACUGUAAAACCUAUGAUAACUGUGAGAGAAAAUAGUCCUAGAUAGUAUCCUUUAGUAAUAAUUGUUUAGUGUAAUGAUUUUAAAACGUCGAUUUAUUCCACUACAUUCUAUCUUCUAUAUUCAUAAAUAUAAACUUCUUAUAAAUGAAUUUUUACAAACAUUUUAUUGAGAGUCUUUGACUUAUUUAUACGCAAUGCACUUAAUAAACGUAUCCUUACAGUAAGCGGCACUUGUAUAGUCUAACCACAUUUCACGAUGAUAAAACGGCAUGUCCUCAUUCUAGGAUAAACGCGCACUUGUUUUUCUAGCAGAUCGUUUGAUAUAUCAAUGUGCACGCGCAACGCGGUAUUAGCGUGUUUUAUGGAAAAGAAAGAGACAAAUAAAAUGUACAAAUCGUAACGUUUUAAUUUAUUUUUAAUUGU